GCACAGUCACCUGCACCCUUUCGAUCCACGCGUGCCAGCGCUGAAGGGGAUGCUCACGAUGUCCGCGAGCGUACUGGCACUCGUCAUUCUGAUUACUCUGCCGUCGACAGCUUCCGGCGCCAUGCAGCUACCUGAGGCCCCAGACCCCGUGAGCCGCCUGGAGGACCGCCUACGCUCCACCUACAUGGCGCUGCCACGAGACGGCGAGGGCUUGCCAGACUCGAGCGGCGUCCGCUACCUGGCCAGGCGCUACCUCGAGGCGGAGCACGGUUGGGUCGUGAAGGGCCUCGACUUGGCACCGUGGCUGCGCGACGGCCCCAACUCCAGCCAGGCGGCGACGCUGCGCGCCUCGGAGCUGCUUGCUGCUAGCACCGAGCUCCCCAAAUCGGGCCCUUUGCUCGCAGUUCUGUCCCCGGAGCCGGGGCGAGGCUUCACCCUGCGCCGAGCGGCCGAGGUCGUCCUCGCCCUCGAGGAGCUUGUGGCCAGCCACGACGCCGCCCUCAUGAGCCGGGCCGUCACGUUGUCGAAGGUGCUGACUGUCAAGAACGACGCGGCGCAGGCCGGAGGCCAAGCGUUUCUCUCUCAGGACGAGAAGGCCCUGAUGUUCUACGCCGUGCUGCUCCACACGAGCAACCCAGUCGUGCUGAGGGGGCGGUAUGGGCAGCAGAUGGUGAGCCAGGCCAAGGAGGAGCUCGCGAGCCUGCGCACGGGUAUGUCCACCGACCCGGUGGGGGAGCCGCUGGAGCUGGUGGUGGCCGAGGCGGCCCAGAAGGCCCAGAAGGCCCAGAAUCCGGGUACCUCCACGCACAGCGCGUUCGGCGCCAUGCGCCACCUCCGCAAAGGGUUGAUCGAGCGUCACACCCGGCGCUGGUGCCCGCAAGUGCGGGGCCUGCUGUCGUCCAUGGACCCCGAGGGCUCUGGGCAGGUGGAGUUCCGGCGGGCGUACGGGGCCCAAUUGAAGGGCUGGAUUAUUAACGAAACUCCAGAGUACCUCGGCGCAGUGGGCGCGCUCGCCGACGAGCAGAGCGGCUCCGGCGUACUCAUCCCGAACUACGUAUCUGGCAUGGCCAACUGCUUGCAGCCGGGCGCGCACCCGGCGCUGCGGUGCUGCCCGGACGAGUGCGAGACCAACGUUCUGCCUCGCCUGGAGGCCGCUGCAGCAGGGCCCCGCGUCGCGCCGAAGCAGGCGUGGGCGGCGCUGUCCAGCCUGAUCCAGGGAGGCAAGAUGGCCACGGCGAACAAGCGCAAACAGUUGCAGUCUCAGCUGCGCGCCCUGGGGCGUAGGUCCAGGGACGGCCUUGUCGAGAUUCACGGUCGGCGGCUGGGCCGCUGGCUGCACCGCGCGUUCCCGCACAAGUGCCGCCGACCCACUGCAGGCGGCUCCCCGGCUGUGGUAGACCCGACUUUGCAUUACGAGGCUUGGCGUGAUGCUGGCAAGUUUAUGCCGUCCAAUCCUGAGCAUAUUGGUUUCCUCCGUUUUCACUUGUUUCGCCGCUUGGAUCCAGACGGCACAGGUGCGCACCCCCGCUCUUUUGCGGCACGGAGCACGUUCAGCUUGGAGCAGGAGCUGCAGCUAGCUUUCAAGUUCAUGUUGCAGUAUCAGGCCGGCGGCCCGACAGUGACACAGGCCAUGGAGGACGCCCUCAACGUCCGCGUGCUGGACCGCUCGCCCCGCGCAGAGCACGCGCUGGCUGCCCUUCUCGCAGUUGUGCUGUUGGUGCCCCUGGCGCUGAUGGCAGCUCGGAUGGGCUGGUUCCCCGCCAGGGUCCGCUCCUUCCUGGCGGCUGCCUCGGCCGCAGCGCGACGGCUCCGCUCCGCCCCGCCCGCGGCACCACCCGCGCGGGAGGGCAGCGAGGGCAGCGGCCUGGGCGUUGGCCGCGAGGGCCUCCGCCUGUCCCGCGACUCGGUCCCCGUAGCGUCCGAGAAGGAAGAGUCCACAGAGGCGGAGGACAUCGAGUCGGUGUCCCCCGCGUCCGAAUACUCGGAGUUCGGAGAGCCGCGCGCAGAGGACUCGGGCUCGGGGGAGCCGUGCGCCGAGGACUCGGGCUCGGAGCAGGAGGCCGCCAGGGCCCUCGCGGAGGCGGGCAGCGGCGGCACCGACGCCGACGACGGGCACCCGGGUCAGAGGGGGGCGGCCCCACGCGUGGCGACGAGGGCUUUGGGCCCUCGCAGCCACGAGGCAGCUCCUCCAGAGGACGUCGCAGCAGCCCAGGCACAACCACUGCCGCGCAGCCCCAGGCCCUGGGCCGGGCACGAGGCAGAUCCGGAGCAGGCCCCCGCGGCAGCCCAGAUGCUGCCGCCAGCAGCAGCGGCGGCCAGCACCGCACGGCCUGGGCCUCCGAGCCUGGCGGCCUUCCCGUCGGGCUUCCGGCCGCCCCCUGGGCUCGGGCCGCCGCCGGGGCUGCAGCUGCAGAGCCCCCCCCGCCGCCCGGACCUCGCCGCGCCCGGGCGCCAGGGCGCCGGGGAGCGCGCGCCCGCCCCGCCGCACGAGCGCAGCGUGCCGUUGCCGCCCCGCCUCGCACGGCAGGCCUCGCCGGGCGGCGGUCGCCCCACGAGCGCCGGGCGCCGUCGGUUCCAGUAG